GCCAAAACCGGAAGCUUUUCUGCGGGGCGGCACACAGGAGGGAAGCUGCACAGACCACUACCGCUCACCGCGGGCAGAUCUCAUAUUUUGGAUUCUGACUACUUUAUAAUGAAUGACACUUUGACAUUAGAUGUCAUUGGUCGAAGAGUUGAAGUUAAUGGAGAACAUGCAACAGUGCGUUUUUCUGGUGUUGUCCCUCCUGUGACAGGACUGUGGUUAGGAGUAGAAUGGGACAAUCCCGCAAGAGGAAGGCAUGAUGGAAGCCACGAAGGGACAGUGUAUUUUAAAUGCAGGCACCCAACAGGAGGAUCCUUUAUUCGUCCCAACAAAGUAAAUUUUGGAGUAGACUUUCUUACUGCAAUUAAGAAACGCUAUGUUUUAGGAGAUGGACCAGAAGAUGAAAAAGAGCAAAUUGUUACAAUUGGAAAUAAGCCUGUGGAAACUAUUGGUUUUGACUCUAUUAUAAGACAGCAAAGUCAGCUGAGCAAUUUGCAAGAAAUUUCUUUGAGGAACUGUACAGUAAACUGUGCUGGUGACAAAGGAGGAAUUGCCAAAACAUGCCCUAAUAUUAGAAAGGCAGAUUUGUCAAAAAACCUGCUGUCAUCAUGGGAUGAAGUCAUAGCUAUUGCUGAUCAACUCAAAUACCUGGAAGUUCUUAAUCUCAGUGAAAAUCUACUGAAAUUUCCAACUGGUUCAUCGUCUCUAACCAGAGCAUUUUCUACUCUGAAGGUUUUAGUCCUUAACCGAACAGGAAUAACAUGGGCUGAGGUGCUGCAGUGUGCCUCCGGGUGGCCCGUCCUCGAGGAGCUGUACCUUGAGUCAAACAAUAUUUCCAUUUCAGAAAGGCCAGCUGAUGUUCUACAGACAGUCAAGUUAUUAGAUGUUUCCUGUAAUCGAUUAAUUGAUGAAAAUCAGCUCUUCCUAAUAGCAUAUCUUCCCAGAUUAGAACAACUAAUCCUUUCUGACACUGGAAUUUCUUCUGUACAUUUUCCGGAUGCUGGAAUUGGGUGCAAAACAUCGAUGUUUCCUUCCUUGCAGUACCUUGUAGUAAAUGACAAUCAGAUAUCACAAUGGUCAUUUAUCAAUGAGCUAGAUAAGUUACAGAGUCUGCACACUCUGUCCUGCAUAAGAAACCCUCUGACUGAAGGAGGCAAAGAGGCGCAGACCACACGUCAGUUCAUUAUUGCCAGAAUUGGGCAGCUGAAAACCCUGAACAAAUGUGAGAUUCUACCAGAGGAAAGGCGUGGAGCUGAGCUUGAUUACCGAAAAUCAUUUGGAAAAGAGUGGAAAAGAGCUGGUGGGCAUCAGAGUCCAGACAAAAACAGACCAAGUGAAGACUUCCUUGCAGCCCAUCCUAGAUACCAGCUGCUCUGCCUCAAGUAUGGUGCACCUGAAGAUGGGGAACUCAAAACACAACAACCAUUUUUGCUCAAAAACCAGCUACUAACACUGAAGAUAAAAUACCCUAAUCAACUUGAUCAGAAAAUCAUAGAGAAACAACUACCAGACUCCAUGACAAUUCACAAGGUGAAAGGAUUGCUGUCCCGUCUUCUCAAAGUUCCUGUGUCAGAACUUCUGUUGUCCUAUGAAAGUCCCAAAGUGAAAGUGCCAGCCUAGAACUAUCCUGAAAGACCGUAUAAUCUAUUACCAAAUCUUGGGCUUCCAUCAGACUGACUCUCAGAUCAUCAGUCGCCUACCCUGAUCAUAACACACAAAUAAAAUCAUCCUCAUCUUGCUUCACACUGACAAGGAUCGCCACACGAUUCCUUCAGUCUCCACAGCUGUGUGAGCUCCUGUGGUGAGUACUGAGGGGAAGACAGCAUUCCUGGUUCGCAAGUCUUCUCACACAGCCACAGGCUGUCCUGUGGAGAAACAAGCAAAAACUGACCUGGAGCUGUGAAACUGUGUUUCAAGAAAGCAAGCAAGCAAGCACAUUGGCAGCUUAAAUAGUCCAAUGAAGCUGAAAUUAUUUCAAAAACAGCUCCAUGUGUGAGCCUACUUGUAAUCUGUGGGGCUUAGGGGAAACACCACACCAGUCACCCUGUGGCCAAGGAAUGAAGGAACAGUGCAGUGUGCACAGUAAGAAUUAGCAAAGGGAGUUUCUCUGAAGUGAAAGCUUGGAAACUACAGUGAAGCUUUCAUUUCCUAUUAAAGAAAAAAGGUGGCUGCCUAGCAAUAUAAGGAACAGCAGUUAUUUUGAUGAAAUGCUUACAAAAUUCAUGGGCAUGUAUCAAGGGCUUUAUAAAUAGUAUCUAAUUGAAUUUUCACAAUCCUGUGUGGCAGGAAUUAUUUCCCUUUUACAAAUGAGAAACCAAAACUUUAUUCAAGGUCACAGUGAAGUUCAUGUAAGGUUUAAAUUAAAACCUUAAGGGAUUAAAAUGGGAACUGUCAGACUCCUGGGCCUAACUGAGCCCAACUUCCUAUCUACCAGUCCACUUCCCACCUACAAGGGCUAGCUUCUUUUUCCAGCAAUGUAGCAGAACACAUCUAUUUAAUUAGAGAAUAUAAAAAAGCUGGAUACAACCAAAAACAUCUUUUUAAAGCAUGGAUGAACUGGUGGUGAAGGAGAAGCAGCUGGACCGUAGGUGGUGGAGUCUGUGUGUUCUGAGCUCUGCUGGGUUUCAAAAGGCCAUGCCCAGGGGACAGGGGAUGGACCAGCGACUCCCAGAGAGCCAGGACCCAGAGAGUGAAAGCCACGGAGUUAUUAAGAAAACAACUGUGUACAGAGGUGGCUUGUCUUUUUCAGCCUUGACCCUCAGCUCUGAGAACCACAGCCUGUCCUUAGGUAGGUAUGUGGCUGUAAUCACAUUCUUGGAGCCCCAAAAGUCCCAAGUCAGAAAAUAUGUAAAUCCUCUUUGUAGGAAUGCAUUUCAAAUGCAGAACUCAGUUUACCAAGGAAGCAUGAGGUCACAAUAAAAAACGAGUUCCUAAACACAUCAGGAAACAAGCACCGUAAGCGAUAGUCUGCAGAAACAGCAGACUACAGAAUCAAGCAAUUACCAGAUACAGACAAUAAAAUAAUUAUUUCAAUGUCAGAUAAACCAAAGACGGGACCAAAAGUAUGACAAAAGAAUAGGACUCUCAAAGCUGCCGAGUAGUUUGGGGUUACUCCUGUUCACUCCUGAGUGCAAGUGCCCUGCUUGGGCUCAGGCCCUCUGCAGGUCCCACUCUGGCAAACACCACAUGGUCUUUCUGUCCCCUGCACCAUCUACAGCUAAAGCAGAAGCUGCAAGGACCUAGAAUACAACAGAAAUGUUGAGGCAAAGGCCAGCUUUUGCACUUGCUUUCUUCCCAAGGCUUCUGUUGCCCAUCUGUGUUGUCUCUGCAGAUUCAUUUCUUAUAUUUCUUUCUAGCUCAGAAUUUCAAAAGAUAAUUGACAAUAUUUUAUCAAGUGUUUUAUUUGCAUCAAUCAGAAUGGUUCAAGGGUCCCUGGACCCACUUAAAGUCAGCUGAUUCUCUAAGCUUUAAAGCUGAAAAGAAUUUCUGAUCAAAUGUAUAAAAAUCUAAUUCUUCGUGGGUAGGAGAACCUUCAUUCAAAACAUUUCCUUUUGGUUUAAACUCUGAGAAAUAAUUGUAUGAGAACCAGGGUGAAUUAAUGCGAAUUAAAUCAAGAGCACAGCUAAGAUGCUAGAAGAUCUUCUGCGCCCAAGGUUUGAUAUAGAAAUCUCAGUUCCUCAACUCUUUAGAACCCCAAGGCCAGCCUCCCAGACUUGCUUACCUGGUACCUUUUAGGUCCUAUGGCUGCCAUCCAAAUGCCCAUGCUUACGUCUUCACCCUAUGCAUGCCCCAUAAAGUUUAAAUGCAGGUUAAAUUAUAUCACUGUAAAGACAAUGCCACAACCAUUACCAUAAUAAACAAUCUAUUCUUUA